UGUGCUAUUGAGGAUCAGGACAAUGAACUAAUUACCCUGGAAAUAAUUCACCGUUACGUGGAACUACUUGACAAGUACUUUGGCAGUGUGUGUGAACUUGACAUCAUCUUUAAUUUUGAGAAGGCAUAUUUUAUUUUGGAUGAGUUUCUUUUGGGAGGGGAAGUUCAGGAAACA